GAUGGAGUCUGUGGCACUUUGUUGCGAUGAUUCUGUAGAGCUCCGGACGAAUGUCGCCAUGGCUGGGCUUCAUGGCGCUGGCCGCUGCGCAGGUGACCUGGGGCCCACAGCCGAUGUGGCUGUCCGAAACCGAUGAUGUUACCAAUCAACAGAGGCUUCAUGAACUAUUGCGGCAGGCAUAUUUUACCGACUACAAUGCGCGCCAUCCAGAGCACCGCCUGGCAAAUGCCUUGACAGUGGAAUUGGCGGAGUUUCAGCAACGAGUGCCUACGACACCAUCGCUGGCUCUGGCAGUGGCCAUGGGGAAGUACCACUUUGCUUGGUACGAAGAAGACGGCAAAGAGAUGGAUGUGCAAAGCGUUUGGGAGGCGGCUGAGCUUUUGUGGCUCAGUAUCCAGUUCAGCCAAUGCGAUCGCCCCGAGUUGCCCAUGGAGGUGUUUUUCCAGCGCAUGUGCCACGUUCGGUGGCCUUAUGCCGUGCUGCUCUUUAGUGAGCUGGGCCGCGAGUUCGCGUCCAGGUAUCUCACAGAAGAAGCAGCAAACACCUUGGAAAGGGCGAUCAGCAGCUUUGAUGCUAUGAAGCGCCUACCGCACUAUUCGCAGACGUCGUGGCAAAGCCCUUACGACAUGAACUUUAACGAGGAGUGGUUCCCUAGCACCACGACUGGCCCCGUUUGGGACAAAUCCAUGGUGCCUUUAGCACAGCUGGUGGAGGCCAACUUCCACGUGUUUCGCACAGAGCUGGAAUCGCUUUCAGAAGACCAAGGUCUUUUUGAUGAGCUGUCCUUCGAGCACUCCAGGGUGGAGGGGCAAGACUCCUGGCCGGAGGGUGCCUGGCGUGCUGUCCACCUCCGACAGGCCACGGGUGGAUGGCUGAGCCGCGCCUGUGAUCGAACGCCCCAGACCUGCGCCGUGUUGGCGGCCCGGCCGGAGCUGAGCUGCAGUCGGGCGGGUGCUGCACUGGUGAGGCUUCGACCGGGUGGGCGCCUGAAGCCCCAUUUCGGUCCUUCUCCUCACCUGCAGCUGCACAUUCCCGUGCAAGCUGAUGUGGGGGCGCGGAUGAGCGUGGGGAAUAGGACUCUGAGCUGGCAGACGGGAGAGGCCUUAGUCAUUGAUGGCAGCUUCAUUCGUCAGGAGUGGCACAAUGGGGUGCGGGGUGAACACUUCGUCCUGCAGGUGACCUUGUGCCACCCGUGCGAAGAAGCUCAGAAACCUCUCUACGGCCCACUAGCUUGUGGAUCCAGGCCCGGCUUGUCAAGUCCAAGCGCUGCCCAGCCAGUGAAGUAUCAGGACGCCUCCACACUGCCAGUGCCUUUUGCCCAAGCUGCACUGUGGGCCAGUGCCUUACCCGACUUGGCCAAGUGCAGUAGCAUCAGUGAGCAGUGCCCUCCAGAUUCGCAGCAUGGUGGUCCAAAUCCCCUGAGUGCCCUGAACACCUGGAAUUAUGUCAUGAACAAUCUGCGGGGUGCACUUCGCCACACUCAGCAUGGCAACAUCGAUCCGGCAGUGAUGACCGCCAUCGGCCAGGUGCAAGAAGGGAUCCAGAGCUUUUUGGCCAUGCCUACACUGGAACAGUAUGGUCCAAUCAUUGCCCUCGCCACACAAAUCCUUGAAGCGCUGACGCCAUGGCUGCAGCAACAGCAUCCUGCCAUGGUGCGCUUCUCCUUUGCUUCUGGCCGUUCUGGGCGCCCCUUUGUUCCUGCAGAUAGCCGGAAUCCAGGAAGUUUGGUCUUCAGGCUAUCCAAUGGCAUCGAGAUGCCAGCUAUCGGCUUCGGCACGUGGAAGCUUGAGGGCGAGGCCUGUUACAGAACGGUGCUUGCAGCAUUGCAGCUGGGGCUUCGUCACAUAGAUACCGCUGAAGCGUAUCAAAACGAAGCCGAGAUAGGCCGUGCCAUCCAUGAUAGCCGAAUCCCUCGGGAGCACCUUUUCAUUGCUACAAAAGCCACCAGUGUGGCACUGGGCAUGGCGGAGGCUUCGUAUUUGGACGCCAUUCUGGCAGGUCAGCUGAAUGCCUUGCAGACGGAAUAUCUAGAUGUGUACAUGCUACAUGCAGCUGGAGUCGAAGAAGAGAAGCUGCAGCAGGUCUGGAGGAGUAUGGAGCGCCUAGUGGAUCUUGGCCGUGUGCGAGCCUUAGGUGUCUCCAACUUUGGCAUUCAGGAGCUCGAGAGCCUGUGGUCCUUCGCUCGAGUGAAGCCAGUCUAUUUGCAAAAUAUAUUCAAGGUCUACAAGCAGGGCGAGCAGAUCUUGAGCGCAAGCACACAGAGUGUGAUGGAAUGGGCACACAAUCAUGGUAUGACGAUGGUGGGCUACAGUACGAUCAACUCUUGGCCGCACUUGUUGCCGCCCUUGUCAGAUCCUCAUGUGCUCCAGAUCGUCAAAGCCAAGGGACGAUCCGCUUCGCAGGUCUUGCAUCGCUGGGCGUUGCAACACGGCGUCGCGGUCAUUCCCAAGGCCUCCUCGCUGGAGCGGAUCCGGGAGAAUUCCCUGCUUUUGGACUUUGAGCUUUCCGACACUCAGAUGUUGGCGCUCGACGGCUUAGCCACACUGAGCGAAUCCACGCACGAGGGGCUUCUGCCAAGGUGGCGAGAGGAUGUCUUUGGCCUUGCUGGUGCCACACUGCCACCUCGCUUUGAUGGCUUCGUGGAGGCGAUGAGGGAUCAACAAUGCAUCCUGCAGCCAGAUGAAGUGAAGGCCACACGAUUUACACUCGGUGGUGGUGGCCAUGGCAUCUCCGAUUGCCAGGCGGCCUGUCACGCACAGGCGCAGAUGAACUGCUUUGGCGCCGAUGUGUCCGAGAAGGGCGUUUCACUGCUCCAGGCCGACUGCGGGUACUUGGUCUUUUACGAGCGAACGGGUUUCUGCCACAUGUUCAGGAGCUGUCAGCAGCAGUUGCCAGCGGGUGAUGGUGCUGUAUUGAUGACGCGCCAGUGACAGAGGAC